AUGACUCGUGGGAAUCAGCGAGAGUUAGCCCGACAAAAGCAAGCUAAGAAACAGGCUGCUUUGCAGAAGUCAACGGGGGCGAGUGAGAAGGAUGGAAACAAGGGAAUGAAACUCGAGGAAAGGCGUUUGCGGUUAGUUUUUGUUUAUUUUAUCAUCUUUGCUUCAGAGAUGCCCAGGCGCUGA